AAAAUUAUUAUUACUUUGCCAGUGCCUUUGCAGUACAGGAAAACUGUUUUCCAAGUAAAUGUUUUUUAUUAAACAUUAACAUUGUUUAAAUACUAACUUUGCAAUGUCACUGACUCCGAGUCAGGAAAGCACCAAAACAUUGCUUAAUUGAAGUGAGAUGGGAUAUGUCAAUACUCAAGUGCUUUACUGAACUGGAGUUGUUAGAAGUAGUGUCUGCUUUGCUUCAAACUAUUAUUCAGUUUCUUACAAAUAUGGGGCUAGGGGUUUUUUACUUCAAAGUUCUUAAUUGAUUCAGGUGAUUAUAAAACCUUGACUCUUGUUUUUGAAGUUAUUAAACUUGGCUUCAUACCAAAAAGUGUUUUUCUUGUAGUACUGCUAUCUGAAAAAACUUGCCAGUUGUUAGGUGUCCUCAGACAGCCUACUCAAAAAGGAAAUUUUGUGCAGUAGAAGACUUGCACAGCAUACUUGGGCUUGAUGGAAGUAUGAAGCAUGAACAUCUGUACUAAGCUAACUUUGUGUUUGAUCAGGAAACAAAGUGGGAUUACUGUAGGUUUACUGGAGCAUUCAAGUCUGAUCACUUGUACAUGGUUCUGAAACUUAGCAUUGUUCUAGGAGAUGCUUCUGACAUAACACUGCUUUUAGCUCUCGUGAUUGCAUGCGUAUGUGCAGUUCUCGGCCUGUAGAGUUGUGUUUAGGCAUUGGUAUGUAAUUUGUACAUACACUAUUACACAGUAUGUGCAAUGUGAAAUUUGUCUUUCAGUCCUUUCAUUUAAUUAAAAGAAAAGAUGAUGUAGCUGGUUGCUUUGUCCAAUUAAUAAAUAUAUAAUGUAGAGUAAUAUGAACAGGAAGAUACUUAAGAGAUUGAGGUGAUUGUGUGGACAGCAUGCUCCCUGCCGGAGGAUUAGUGAAACCUAUGCCACUUCUGUUUCAGGGGAGUUUAUAUUUGACUGCAGUUUCACAAAUUUUUCUUUUUUUACUUUGGGGUGGAGAGAUUCUUUUAAAAGAUAGCAAGAUGGGUUUCAGUAGAGUUUGCAUACAAAAAAGAGUGCCUGAGUUUGAAUCAGAUGUAAAUUGGAAACUUAUCUGUUAUCAUUAUUUUAUUUUAGAUGUUUAGACCGAACAUCUAGAAUCAAGUGUUUUAACUUGUCAGGCUGGCUUUCAGGAGUAACUGUCUUUCCUGUUAAACAAGAUGAAAAGGUGCUGCUUCUGUGAAGAGAUAUGAGCCACUGCUGAAAAUCUGAAUCAGCUUUCCAAUGUCAGCACUAAUAGAGUAAAAUCAAAUGUGUUUCUGUAUUGCUGCCCUGAUAAUUAUAUUUUCCUAGAUGCAGUUAAAUUCUUGUCUGUGGAAGUAAUAAUAUUCCCUUCUGGAAAGUUCUUCAUGAAACUUACGCAGCAUCAGGAAAACUGAAAACCAAAACACUGGUUUUUGACUGUUCUUAAAUCUUGUAGCUAUAUUUGUGCGUGGUAAUAAUUAUCUUGCAGAGACAGAAUGUAUUUGGUAUAUAUUUUUGAUUUGUGGCCUCACUGGAUGUUUCUGUUUGUUCUCAACGUGUAUUAUCCCAAUAGGACACUUUGGUCUUGACAGUCUAUAAAUAUUGAAAAACCACCAGUUUCCUUUUUAGGCCAAAUGUUGGAAUUUUAACUUAUUGUACUAGGUAACUGUUCAUAUUUUAGAAACAUCAAAAUGAUUCUGGCUAGAAUAAGGAGUAUAAAUACAAAUUCAUAUUUCUGAGAUUAGGCAAAGGUGAUAACUGUCUGACCACUAAUAGGAAAAGUAAUAGCAUAUGUGCUUCUAGCUCUCAGAACCUAACAGAACCAGUACAAUCCAGAAUGGCCUCUCUGAUUACCUAGUAAGAAGGUGUCACUACUGUAUAAUGUUCCUCAUUUAAAUACCUUAUGAAGAAUAGGAGAAACAUUACCAUGAUUUUACAGUUGAGGAAUUUGAGGCAGAGAGAAACAAAAUGACUUGCAUAAAGCUAUUCAGCUGUCAGAGGUAAACAUCCCUAUUAACUGGGUUGGGUAUGGUUACUGUAUAGGAAAGCAGUGUUUGAGCUGGGAAAAUAAUGUAGAAUGGAGGUUCUGAAUAUCUAAAAACAUUGGAUUUCACUACUCUGCUCUGUGCAAAACUAGCAGGCUUCCUGUGGUAUGAAGAAUGUUGGCCCCUUCCAUCUUUGUCAAAAUGCAGUGCUGUUGAAUUCCUUAUAGGACCUUCAUCUACAAGUAUCAAAUCAGAAUAUUGAACAUGCUUUAGUUAAUACAUCAGUAUGUAUGGUAUUACAUUAUCAACAUAAUUCAUUAUAUGGUAGCCUAGUUAUAGCAGCAUGAUAUUCUGUGGACUACAAAAUUGACCCAAAUGCUUACCUGACUACUUAAGUGGGAUUUGUAUUCUACUUUGUUCUGCUGUGACAGCAGCACUCCUGGUGGUACUUGAGAAAUUAAUUCAGAGCUAGUUCAGGUGUGUGGACAUACUUUAAGGCUCCUCCUUCUGAGAAUAUUUUCUUAUUUCAGACUUUUUUUCAGUGAGGUUACAGGAGUUGUCUGGCCAUUUCAAGGGUCUCUGGCCAUUUAUGACUUUACUGAAAAGUACACUGAAAAUGGAAGAGCAUGUAUGAGCAAUUCCCUGCCUUUUCCCAAGGAAAGAGGGUAUUAUUCUGUUAAAUAAUCAUAACUGUUUAUGCUGCUGGCUCUCUUGUACUUUUACUGCUCUUGAAGACUGAAGAUAAUAAACUGUACUAUAAUUAAAGAAUCUGCUAGUAGAGAAACCUUGUAGUAUUUAAGUUGUGGCUAUUCUCCUGUGUUAUCUUCUGCUUUGUUUCUGAUGUCCUGAGCAUAGCAGCACAAUGAAUGGACAUUGUGAGUAUGUGUCUGACUUCUGGAAACUAAGGGGGUAAAAAUUAAUUUUCUAUUGUAGUACUUAUCUUGGUAUGCAGAAUUAGAUACCACUGAGGCUUCCUUUAGAAUGCUGGAGGGAUAGUGCUGAUACCAUUGUAUUAUGGUUAUGUAUUCGUAUUUCUCAGCAUGAGAAAGAACCAAAUAUGUGGUUACAAGAAUAAAAAGGUGUUAUAAGAGAGCUUGAAAAUCUCAUUUCAUGCACUUGAAAGGUGUCUCACUGUAUUAGCUAUGUUAGUACUGGCAUGAAGGACUUGAUGUACUGUUGUGUAAGAUGGUUUCUGGGAGAGCUAUAAAAGAUAUGGCAUGCCACAGAUAGCAGUCCCAGCCUAGACCUUUUGAGAUUGCUUUUGGUGUAGUCUUCCUUGCUUAGGAGAGAAAAGGUGAAGAACCGACGAGACUUUUCAUACUUAAUGCUCCAAAAUUGCUCUAAGAUGUCUUUGGAACUUGAAAGUAAGGACUGUUUGUAGUAUUGGUGUACUAUUUCUGUCUUCACUGCUGCUGUACUGUUUUUAAAACCUGCUUGGGGGAUGGGGGAAACAACAAAGGAGGCCUGCUCUUUUAGGUAUCAUUUAAGAGUGUAAUCUCUGCCACUUCCCUGAUAUAUUCCAUGAGACCUUUGGGCUGGAAUGUUUGACAGCAUGGCAUGCCUGCAGUCAUCUUUGGAGAGAGUUGUCUCUUCCCACACUGGUUUAAAUAAGCAUUAGCUGAGCGCACAUGGGCUGUGUACUGUCCUGAGAAGGCAGAUGCAUUUCCCAUGCUGUUCUAUUCCCCUCCUCUCCACUGCCAAUAUAUUCUCAUUCUUCUUUUUCUUAUGCUAGAAAGCCUGCUUCCUUUAGUCUACUUUCUUAAGAGUCACCAUUCCUCUAGGCAUUGUUAGUCUUGCAGUUCUGAUUCUGGUUUUGUUGGGUUUUUCUAAAUGGGAUGAUAAUGUUCUUUAGGCAUCCAGAUUAGGUUUGUACACGAUGGUGCCCCUGUCUGCUACAAGUAUUUUCUUGGGUAUUAGUGGAGGACAGCCUUUGCUACUCUUAGGGCUACAUCAUUGGUGGCACAUUGCUCCUACAAAGGAUUAGUCCAGGUAGGGUUUUCCCUCUCUUCUUUUUGGUUGCUUCCAACAAAUGACUCAAAAGUUAGAGCAAAAAAACCUGUCAUCUGCAUACUUGAACAUUUUUUACAUGUUCCUAGUGCUGCAGUCCUUGUAAGUGUUAAAUCUUAUUUUUAUCUAGUCUACCUUUUCUUUGUUCAGCAUGGCCUGUGACCUGUCUCCUUUUCUGUGAAUUGCUUGUAGUUUUUGUGAAAUUACCAGCUUUGUCUUAGUUAAUAUAGUACAGAGUCACUCUGGAAGUUAUUUUUUCUAACCUAGAUUCAAUCUCUUACACUCUGUUUAAAAAAAACAUUUAUUUUCUCAAAGAAAUGCACCUACUUGAUCUGGUAAGCUCUGUUUAAUUUUUACUUCUAUAACUUGGGCGUCAUAUUUUUUGAAAGGAAAAAACUAAUGGAUUUGUAACUGGACUUGUUUUUUUUCUUUAAAUAUGUAUGAAGUUCAUGAUUGUAUGUUGGGUCUGUGAUAGCAUGAGCCACUCUGGGGUGAUGUUGAUGAUUUAAGUACAUUGCUGUGGGUAAUGUAGUGUAGUAUCUCAGUGUUCUCAAUCUUAUUUCACAAAUCCAUUAACAUUUCAUUAAAAAAAGGUAGGUUUGUCUAAGAGGAGAUAACUGAUACGUGCUUUGAAUGUGCUUGGCUUCAAAUUUAUUUGUAAAAGAAGUCUCUUUUACUGCUUGGGUGCUGAUUCUGCUUGUGUACCUGUGUCCCCUUUUUGAGACUUAACAUGAACUGACUUUCUGUUGCAUUAAAUUGUGUAUUUCAUUAGAGGCUGUCUAAUGCCAAGCUUAAAAAUACAAUUCUUUGGGCUCUUAGAAGUGUAUUGAUACAUUAGAAGUAGUAGGAAUACAUGCCCCUUUCCUACUUUUUAUUCAAUACAGAAGUUUUUGUUUACUUGAAAGUGUUAUGGGGCCAAAAAAGGGGGAAAGGAGGCUGACAGAAGAUAGUGCUUCACUUUAAAUACUAACCUCUUUGUGUUGAAAAUGAAUGAGAUAUGAUCAUGCCAUAUAACAGAUAUCUGGGACUUGUUCUUUGUUCCAGUGUUUUUUGGGCCCCUGUUUUUACUUCAUGAGAAUUCCAGAAGUGACCUUCUGGAACACAAUCUAUAUGGCUUGUGUUUUGCACCAAGAGGUGCUGGCCUGUGAUGAUCUCAGUAAGAAAGUUUAAAAAGAAUUAAAGGGAUGAGAACACAAGCUGAAAAUAAAUCCAUGAUCUGGGAAAGCUACUACAGCUUGGCUGCAGGUUUAUUUUAAUCUGUCCUCAACAGUUUAACCCUCAAAAUAGUUGACUUGGUUUCUCCCAUCCACUAUUGAGAAUUAGGCUCAAGUAACUUCAUGCACUUGGGCAGACCUCGCUGAUGUGAUUCGUUAUCAUAUGGCUUACAGGAGUGUUUUGUAGCCAUCCUGUCCUCCUUCAGCUGCUUUCCCUCGAGUGGGCCUGAAUGAAGACAAAUGUAAAGAUGGCAUGUCCAAGGAAUUUUAAAAGGUGUAGACCUCCUGACUGAGCAGUGCUGCAUACUUUAUUCUCUUUAAGUAGUAAACUGCUGUUCUCUCACAGGUGAAAGUCAUGAUCACGCUAACAGAACUCAAAUACUUAGCAGAUGCCCAGUCAUCCUACCACAUACUAAAACCAUGGUGGGAUGUCUUCUGGUAUUACCUCACCAUGAUAAUGCUGCUAGUUGCUGUGCUCGCUGGGGCUCUCCAGCUUACUCAAACCAGAGUAUUGUGUUGUCUUCCUUGCAAGCUAGAAUUUGACAAUCAUUGUGCCGUGCCUUGGGAUUUAGUUAAAGCCAACCUUAACAUGUCGGCUAGCUCUACAGCACAGAUAAUCAUCCCGCUUAAAAUCCAGAAUGAUCUCCAUCGGCAGCAGUAUUCCUAUAUUGAUGCAGUAUGUUAUGAGAGACAGCUUCACUGGUUUGCCAAAUUUUUUCCAUACCUAGUGCUUCUACAUACCUUUAUUUUUGCAGCUUGCAGUAAUUUCUGGCUUUACUACCCUAGCACAAGUUCCAGGCUUGAGCACUUUGUAGCCAUUCUUCAGAAGUGUUUUGAUUCUCCAUGGACAACGCGCGCCCUCUCAGAAACAGUUGCCGAGCAGUCUGUGAGGAAGUUGCCAAUAGCCAAAUCAAAAGCAGUGAUUUCAUCACCUGGGAGUUCAGUAGAUAUAGGGGCCAGCAGACAGUCCCUGCCUUAUUCACAACCUGGCUUGGAAACAGCUGGAAGAGAAAAUUCCUCAAGUGUUCUUGACAAAAAAGAAGGGGAACAAGCUAAAGCUAUAUUUGAAAAAGUGAAGAAAUUCAGAGUACAUGUUGAAGAGAAGGAUGUCAUAUAUACAGUGUAUAUGAAACAGAUUAUAGUGAAAGUCAUUGUAUUUGUAAUAAUAAUAAUUUAUGUCCCCUACUAUUUAUCAUUUAUUACACUUGAAAUUGAUUGUGUAGUUAAUGUUCAAGCCUUUACAGGCUACAAAAGGUACCAGUGCGUUUAUUCACUAGCAGAAAUUUUUAAAGUUUUGGCUUCGUUUUAUGUUGUUUUAGUGAUCUUCUAUGGCUUAACUUGUACUUAUAGUUUGUGGUGGAUGUUAAGAAGUUCACUUAAGCAAUAUUCUUUUGAGAAGUUGAGAGAGAGAAGUAAUUACAGUGACAUACCUGAUGUAAAGAAUGACUUUGCAUUUAUUCUCCACUUGGCAGAUCAGUAUGAUCCUCUCUAUUCCCAACGAUUCUCAAUAUUCCUGUCUGAUUUGAGUGAAAACAAACUGAAACAGAUAAAUCUUAACAAUGAAUGGUCAGUGGAAAAACUGAAAAAUAAACUAGUAAAAAAUUCCCAAGACAAGAUUGAACUUCACCUUUUCAUGUUAAAUGGUCUUCCAGACAGUGUCUUUGAAUUGACAGAAGUAGAAGUCCUAAGCCUGGAACUUAUCCCUGAAGCCAAACUUCCUUCAGCUGUGACCCAGCUAGUCAAUCUCAAAGAACUCAAUGUUUAUCAUUCAUCACUAACUAUGGAUUAUCCAGCAGUCAGCUUUUUAGAAGAAAAUCUGAAAACGUUGCGCCUGAAAUCUAGUGAGAUGGGAAGAAUUCCGUUUUGGGUCUUUCAUUUAAAAAACCUAGAAGAAUUGUGCUUAACAGGAUAUUUCAUGCUAGAUCAUCACAACUCCAUAUACAACGAAAGCUUUCAGGGGCUAAAAAAUCUGAGAUCAAUUCACUUAAAAAACAACCUUUCCCGCAUACCUCAAGUGGUUACAGAUCUUAUGCCUUCUUUACAACACCUGUCUAUCAACAAUGAGGGAAAUAAACUGAUAGUGCUAAAUAACCUGAAGAAGCUGGUAAACCUGAGAACCUUGGAAUUAAUCUGCUGUGAUUUAGAGCGCAUCCCCCAUUCCAUUUUUACCCUAAACAAUUUGCAUGAAAUUGACUUAAAAGAAAAUAAUCUCAGAACAGUGGAAGAAAUAAUUAGUUUUCAACAUCUUAAGAACCUUUCUUGCUUAAAGUUGUGGCACAACAGUAUUUCAUAUGUCCCAGUGCAGAUUGGUGCACUAUCAAACCUGGAACAAUUGUAUCUAAAUUAUAAUAAUAUUAAAAAUGUUCCAUUGCAGCUAUUUCUUUGUAAAAAAUUACACUAUCUGGAUCUUAGCUAUAAUAAGCUAACCUCCAUCCCUGAAGAAAUCGGUUAUCUGACCAAUCUGCAGUACUUGGCUUUGACAAAAAACCAUAUUGAAAUGCUGCCUGAUGGAUUGUUUCAGUGCAGAAAGCUGCAAUUUCUUCUUCUGGGGAAUAACAGUCUGAUGAAUUUGUCCCCUUGUGUGGGUCAGCUACUGAAUCUUGUUCAAUUAGAGCUCAUUGGAAACUAUCUUGAAUCACUUCCUGCUGAACUGGAAGAAUGUCAGUUCUUAAAGCGGAAUAGUCUAAUUGUAGAAGAAAGGUUGUUAAAAACACUUCCACCUCGUGUAAGAGAGCGUUUGCAGACAUGCUCAGAUAAGUGCUAAGUUUAAGAUUAAAUUCUUCAUUGCAUUCUAUAAGCCUUUUGCUUAAUAUCUCUCUAAAGAUCUGUAUAGGUGGAGAGUAGUAAAGGAGAGAGAAUGAUAUAUAAAUCAGUCUUAAAUGCAUUGAACUGAGUUGAUUGUAUUGGAAGAGAAAAAUUUUAUUUAGAUUCGAACAAAAAUGCAGCCUUUAACAUGUAAUCAUAUGUUUGAAAAACUGAAAUAUGAGUUGUUGAUUGGGUUCUGCUGGUAGAAACAAUUCAAUUAAAUGUUUAUGAUAGUAUUGAAAUUGAAGAGUUGAUUGCCUGGCUAUAGUGAGAGUGUACAUACUUUUUUUUUUCCUGUGGGAAUUUUUCCCAUUGAUAGUGAUAAUUUUAAACAGUUUCAUCUCCUGCCAUAUGAGGUCUAAGAACUGUCUGGAAUUAGUUUCUAAACUAAAUAAAAACUCUUCACUAACUUAGAAUAUGUUAAAUUAAGAGUUUAAACUAUUUGAGCAGUUCAAUUGCAUGAGGUAUACUGAAAGUAAUUUUUCAACAUACCUUAAUUUUUAAAGCUUUUGACAAGUACUGAGCAUUAAUUCUAUAAUUGUGGAAGAUGCCAUUUGAAUCUUGCUAUUAAAACCAGUUGGACACUAAUGCCUGAAACCAGUUUCAGUAUUUUGUCUUAAAAAUAGUAAAUACAAAAUUAAUUGUUAUCUAGAAAUUGGGAGGAAUCAGAAGAAUCUGGAGUAACUGUUGCGCGCAUGUACUAGACAACAAAUCUUAUAGUACUGAUCUUCAUAGAUAAUGGUGGCAAAUGGAACACGAUAUAGUUGCAAAGUUGUCUUCUGUAUGUUGUGAGCAUCCUGGGUGUUGGUGUAGUGCAUGCUGAUGUUUAACAUUUUUAUAACUUCUCAUUACUGACUGCCCCAGUGCUGCUUCUCCACACCCAGUUACUGUAUUUUGGUGGCUGGGGAGAGGAUGGAGGCGGCUUGUAUUAGAUAAGGACAGAAAGACACAGUUAAAACAAACCAAAUAAUCACAUAACUUAUAAGCACUUGGGAUGGAAAAACAGGACGCAUUAUAAGCUUUGCCUCUUCUAGGGAUGUAAUUUCAUAAAUUAUAGUGCUGGAAUGAGCUCUUAUGCCAUCCUUAAUACUUGCAAAACUGGAUGGAAAUAAAAUGGUUCCUGACUUCA